AUGAAGAUCAUGGUGAAAAGCGAAGAAUUAGAGGCUGAAAUGGAAGAUGAUGAAGGAAUCGAUCAUCGAUCAUCCACACUAACAAAUACACCAUCACCUAAUGGAUCGGAGCAUAGUGGUUCAAUGCUUGAAGACGGCCGGAUGGUGAGCCAUUUGAUGAACAAAAAUGAAUGCCGUUUUUGCCAUCAAAUUUUUGACAAUCAGACACAGUUGAGCAUUCACUAUACACAAUCACAUUCGGAGAGACGCCAUUACUCGUGCUCUGAAUGUAGAGCUGUUUUUGCUGUCAAACGGGAAUUGGCUACACAUUUUCGCAUUCAUCAAGGAGCUACUCCGCAUACAUGUGAAGAGUGUGGGAAAGAGUUCGGCACACGACAACUCUUGAAGAAACAUUGUAUGUGGCAUUCGGGUGAGAGAAGUCAUGUGUGUCCACACUGUAACAAGGCUUUCUUUCAGAAAGGUCAUCUCACUCAACACUUAAUGAUUCAUGCUGGUGGUCGGCCUCAUGUCUGCUCUCUUUGCAAUAAAACAUUCAUCUUCAAAUUCGAUCUUAAUCGUCAUAUGAAAAUCCACGCUGAACGGGGAUUCUCGUGUCAACAUUGUGGAAAAGCUUUUGCAAGACAUAAACAAUUACAAGAGCAUUUGUUGGUGAAAUGCAAAGCGAAUCCGAAUAGUGCCCCAUCAACCCCAUCCAGCUCCCAGCACUCUGAGAGACGAUCCUCGAUGAUUUCCCUGCCGAUCUCCAUCCCAUCAUCUACUUCUUCCAUCGCUCCAUCAACUCCAUCAUCACUUCUCCAAUCUGUUCCCGUUUCUCUAUCAAAUCUCCCACAAUUGGUCACUCCUCGUCCGAUUUUGCCUACUUUCCAGAAUUUAUCUUUUGGAAAUCUCUCUGUUGAGGAUUUACAUCGAGUUGCCCAAUCGCUUUUGACUCAACACCGUCCAGUUCCUCAACCGGACCCAUUACCACAGAUGUGCCUUCUUUGUGCUCAACCGUUCCCUUCUCAAGAAGCCCUUUUCCUUCAUAUGUCUAAGCAUUUCACUGCAAAUCCUCAACUCUUCAAUAAUGCUUUGAUUGGGAAACAGGAGGUAAAACCGGACACCCUCCGCACACCACUCUCCGUAAUGGCCUCACUUCCAAACGCAAUGGAACAAGAUGAAGUGAACACACCGUCGAUCACUGACUCGGCGACGAGCUCGAGUUGCCCGAAUAGCCCUCAAAAAACGUCACCGAUUGAAGUACACCCGUCGAGAUCUCCAUCGCCGAUUACAACGACGGGGAUUGAAGAGAGAUUGAAGAUUAAAUGUUGUGAGGAAUGCGUUCGGCAACGAGCCCGCACAGAAGAAUUGGAGGGAGAAGUGGAAAGACAAAGGGAAAUGAUAAGGAAUACGAGACAUUUACUCGAUCAGAUGUGGAAUAAAUUCGUUAGCAAAUUAAAGAAAAUUUUUCGAAAAGGAGGCGAUGAUCGUCACCAAGAAAGGGAUGAACCCGCCCUGGCAAGAGUCGAUCAAUCACUGAGAGAUGGAGAAAGGACAAAACCGAGGCCACAACGCUUUCGACCCAAACCACCUCAACCAGUGCAACUAGACAAGACGGUCACGAGAACCUCGGCGAAGGCUGAGCGAACGAUCAAAACUCCAUCACCCGUUGAGGCUGCUCCAGCUAACGUGAAUCCAUACCCCAAUCCCUACAAAUCACAAAAGAGCAUAAAGACGGCAAAAACGAUGAAGUCAACUACAAUUGAUGAUGCCUUGCCAAGAGCCGUGAAUCGGAGCCAGAAGAAAAGCGAUCGUGAAGGCCGGAAAGAGGGAAAUUCGAUGAAAUCAAUUGGAACGUUUUUUGAUGAAGUUUCAAGGCGUGCAAAGAAAACCUUCCGUUUCAAGUCAAAGACGAUCUCGCAGAGCCGUCUAGCAAGAUGGACACAAAAAGUGGAAGAAAGGCGAAGAAGACGACAAGAAACGCCAGUUACGAGAAGUCUCAGAGCUUACGAGGAGGUGUUUCCCGAUGCAAUUACGGCAAGCGCACGUCGAAGCUCGAUCGACGACGACAACGGCAGCACAAAGCCA